CUAAGGUCACAGUUCAAAAGUAACGUGUUCGAGAAGAGGAAGGAGAGGAUCACAUGCGGUGCGCACUCUUUCCUACUAGUGUCUUUAGUUUAUGAAAUAUUACAAAAAUAUCUGUUAAAAAUGACAGAGGUGGAAGCUACAAGUUCAAAACCGGCUAAAGCCUUACUAGCUCUGAAUCCAGGCGACGAUGCUGAAUUCCAAAAGAAAGUUCAGCAAGUGAAAAGGCGACGGAAAACGCCCCGUCCACUUCAGUUGUCCCCUGGGGUGAUUUACGUGGGACACAUUCCAAGAGGACUGUUUGAGCCACAGCUCAAGUCUUAUUUCCAGCAGUUUGGGAAAAUCGUAAGGAUGAGACUGUCCCGAAGUAAGAAGACAGGUGGAAGCAAAGGCUAUGCUUUCAUUGAAUUCGACUGCGAUGAAGUUGCCAAGAUUGUGGCUGAGACCAUGAACAAUUACCUCAUGGGUGAAAGACUGAUCAAGUGCCACGUGGUACCACCAGAGAAGGUACAUGAGAAGCUGUUUCUGGGCAGCAAGAUGGAGUUUAAGAAGCCAACACAGCCCGCAGUUACCCGCUACAACCAGAAGCACUCCUCCGAGGGGCUGGAGAAAACCAAGGCAAAGCUCCUGAGCAAAGAGGCUAAACUGCGCAAGAGGCUCGCUGCAAAGGGCAUCGACUACGACUUCCCUGGAUUUGCAGCCCAGAUUCCAAAGAAGAAGGGAGCAACCUCAGACGAUGCAGACCUAUCCGUUUGUAGUAAUGAUGUCACCCCAGUAUGUACUCCUUCAAUUUUGGAGAGGAGGAAGUCCAUGGCAGCCAGCGUCGUGGUAGACGAUGAAAUUGUCAUUAAGCCCAUGCCAGAUGCCUCAUUUGAGGAGGAGUACUCUGAGGAUGAGGGGUUUUCAGGGCUGGAUGACACCAAAGAGGAGGGAAAUGUGUCGAAAGAGGAACCGAAAGAAGAAGAAGAAAAAGCAGCAUAAGCCUUCACUGGAGAAAAGACUGCUGAAAUCUCCGACCAAGCCUGGAAGAUCCACCUUCAGAGACUUCUGUACAUAAAAGAUGAUUUCCUGGAAGUAGGGAAAACAACAGCAGCAGCAGACGGCACCCCGGCUCACGAUGUGUGUUGUGGGUAUUGAGCCAAGGAGUCGUUAAAUGUCGUCUCAACAGCAGUUGCUAGGGACUGUUUUUCCUUUCAGAAACUCAGUGUUUCAUGCCAAAAUGGACAUCUUUAACUAUUCCCUUUUCGUGUAAUCUAUGGGCGGGUGGCACGGCCAUGUUGUAGGUUUUUUUUGUGCUGUUGCCUCUCAUCUGUCUGGUCAUUUUGAUCUGUGAUCAUGAACAUGUAACUGUAUGAAAAGCAGCUGAGUCCUCUGUGUGUGUAUAUAUAAAAAACAUAAAUUGCUCUUUUAUGAAGAGGUUUAUCUCUUAGGGAAUAACUGUCUUUAAAUGAGUAAAGAUAAAAGUUCCUGGAAA